AUGAAGGACGAAAAGAUUGUGGGAAGAGCACUUGCAGAAGUGCUGCCUCAAGAUGGACUUUACUGGUUUCAGAAGCCACAUUUGUUGAAAUUGAAUUUGAUCUUGCUUGUACCCUUGCUCUCAUCCAGUGUUGCAGGCUACGAUGGAUCUCUCAUGAAUGGUCUUCAGUCUCUGCCACAAUGGAAAGAAUACUUCGGCAAACCAUCUGGAGCGCUCCUAGGAUUGGUCAAUGCCGCGCAGUCCAUUGGAUCCGUGCUGGCAUUACCCAUUGUCGGGACAAUGGCUGACCGAUUCGGGCGCAAAGCAGUCCUCUUGACGGGAAUAUUCGGAGUCAUAGUCGCGACCAUCAUUCAAGCGACCUCUACAACUCUAGCCCAGUUUGUUGUGUCCAGGCUCGUAGUCGGAGCGGCUGGCAUGUUUGCAGCACAGCCUAGCCCGUUGCUGCUCGCAGAAUUGUCUUAUCCGACUCACCGUGGCAAAUACACUUCCGCAUACUGGACACUGUACUACCUCGGCGCCAUCUUAGCUUCCUGGACCACUUUUGGCACGCAAGACUACGCCUCGACGUGGGCGUGGCGCAUCCCAACCAUUUUGCAAGCCGGAUACCCAAGCGUACAGCUUGCUUUCUUCUACUGGCUACCCGAGUCGCCGCGCUGGCUCAUCUCAAAGGAUCGCAAUCAAGAGGCGGUGGCUAUUCUCGCGAAAUACCACGCUGGCGGCGAUACGGGAAGCCCACUGGUCAGACGUGAGAUGAGCGAGAUAGUCGAGACCAUCAAGUUGGAGCAGCAGGCGAAAGCAACGGGUUGGGGCACUCUAAUCGCCACGCCGGGAAAUCGCAAACGACUCUUCAUCGCUGUAGCUCUUGGAUCCAUGGCCCAGUGGAAUGGGAUCGGAGUCGUUUCCUAUUAUCUGACGCUGGUACUGGACACUGUUGGGAUUACGGAUCCCUUCAUACAAACACUCAUCAAUGGCCUGCUUCAAGUCUUUAACUUCGCAGUGGCGCUGUCUGCAGCCUUUUUGGUAGAUCGUCUGGGUCGAAGGUUCUUGUUCAAUUUCAGCGGCGUUGUAAUGCUGAUCUCAUACAUCAUCUGGACGGCUUGCUCGGCGGUGAACAACGACACGGGCUCUCAGUCAGCUGGCAUUGUUGUGAUAGUGAUGCUCUUCCUGUUCUAUCUCGGCUACGAUGUCAGCUACACGCCACUGCUGAUGUCGUAUCCCACAGAGAUCUUUCCCUUUUCCAUCAGAUCCAAAGGCUUAACUUGCGAGCUGCUGUCGAUUUAUUGCUCGCUCGUAAUAGCAGCAUUCGUCAACCCGAUCGGCCUUGAGAACAUUGGAUGGAAAUAUUACAUCGUGUUUUGUUGCUUUCUGGUGGUAUUCCUCGGAAUCACAUACUUCGUCUUCCCGGAAACUCGAGGAUACUCGUUGGAAGAAAUCGCGGAAGUGUUCGAUGGUGCACAAGCGCACGUCGGUGGGUUCGAAGAGUGCGAGCGGAAAUUGGGCAAGGUCGGCUACGAGGAGCACGUGGAGGAGCGGAUAGACAAUCUGUCAGUGUGA